UAUAAGCCACCAUUUCAAGUCCGCACUUCACAUUGGUGUUGAUAGAAAGCGAGCGAGAAGCCAGAGAAGGCAUGGGAGAGAAUAAAGAUAAGGGAGAUGAGAAGGAGAAGAAAGGAGGCGGCAGCGAGAAAAAGAAGGAAGGAGGAGGAUCAGAGAAGAAGGAAGAAGGGCCGCCUAAAGUGGUUCUUAAGGUCGAUAUGCAUUGCGAGGGAUGUGCAUCGAAGAUCAAGCGAUCCGUCAAAGGAUUUGAAGGUGUGGAGGGUGUGACGCUGGAUAUGGCGAGCAACAAACUGACGGUUAUAGGGACAGCGGAUCCGUGGAAGCUUCGAGACCAUGUAGAGGCUAAGACUCGUAAAAAGGUUGAGAUCCUGUCGCCGGCAAGUCCACCGAAGAAGGACGCCGACGGCAGUAAGAAGCCUGCUGCCACCGACAGCAAGAAGACUUUGGAGGCCGAUAAAAAACCUCCCGACGGUGACAAGAAGCCCGCCACCCUCGGCGACUCUAAGGAGAAGAAGAAGCCGGAGGAUAAGAUUUCCAAGGAGCCGGCAGCGUCUGCCGUGGUGCUGAAGAUACGUCUUCACUGCGAUGGCUGCAUUCAAAGAAUUAAGAAGACCAUUCUCAAGAUUAAAGGGGUGCAAGAUGUGAGCGUUGAUGCCCAAAAGGAUUUGGUGACGGUGAAAGGGACCAUGGAUGUGAACUCGCUUCCUCAGCAUCUCAAGGAAAAGCUAAAUCGCGGAGUCGAGAUUGUUGCAGUGACCACCACCAGCGGCGGCGGCUGUGGUGGAAGCGAGAAGAAAGAUAAGCUCACUGCCGCUGCCGCUCGCGGGAAGGAGAAAGGCAGUGGCGGAGGCGGGGGCGGAGCCGGCAUCGGAGGUGGGGGCGUAGGCAGCGGUGAGAAGAAGGGUAAUGGCGGCGGAGGGGGGGGUGAGAAGAAGGUUAAUGGCAGCGGUGGAAAGAAGGACGAAAUGCCGGAGGCAACGGUCUCGGCGACGGCGGUUCCGGGGAUGGAGGCGAAUAGGGUGGACCAUUACGGUGGACCGUACGGCUACAGAGCGGAGAUGUUGCACGCGCCGCAGCUAUUUAGUGACGAAAACCCGAACGCCUGCUCUCUCAUGUGAUGUUGCGGCUCAUCUUAAGAUGCCUUCGUUUUUGUUAGCUAUUUUGCGAUUAAAAUCCGAGUUAUGGAUGUAAAUAAUGGUCGAAAGUAGACUUUAAGUGGUAUAAAGCAUGUUAAGUGAUGUUUGGGUUUUGAGGAAGUCCGUUCACUGCUUUUUGAGUUGCUUAUUCAAUUUUGAUUCUUCUUUUU